GUGGUUUCAAGCAAACUAAAUCCAUGGGAAGUGCAUGGGCACUACAGCACCGGUACGUCUUCAGCUUUUAUAUGAAGUUUUUGAUAUCACAAUUCUCUCCAGCCUGUCCUAACGGGGCAUCAUCAGCAAAACCUAAACCAACCAAAUCUACUUCUAGAACGAGAACAGCAAGUGGGAGAGGCGGUAGCACUCGAGGCAGAGGAAGUAAACGCGGGAAAAAAGGAGAUAAAACCAAGAAUAACACUUUCGGUGCCCCAGACGACUUUUAAUGCCUGCUACCUUCAUGGAUUCGCAACACAGCUUGUAUGAUUGUCUUCGUGUUCUCAGUCUUCCCCAUUAUACUGUAUUAUGCAUUACUCAUUCCGCUGUAGACCUGUAAACUUAUGCUGUAUCACCAUCGUUCGAAUGCGCCGCGUGACAUCGUGCGGCUCUGGGCAAAGAAUAUUGAUCCUG